UUAACAGUGGAGGCAGUAGCUAUUUGCCACACCAGACCAGUCAAGUGCAAAGCAAAUUGAUGGGCUACUGUUAAGUAUUUAUUUCUAUCAUAAUGGCCUAUUAUGGUUGACAACACCAUGGUCCAUUUCUUUUCGAGCCUGAAAUCGCUUCCGUUUUAAAUACUCACAAAAACCUAUUAUGGACUAAGAUAAUGGACACAUGAUUGCACUCGGAUUGGGUGUUGGCUGUUGAAACGUAAUCUUGUUGGAUAAUUUUCAGUUUGCACAAGUUUAACCUAUAGGUCGACAUAAAAAAGGUGAAAGGUAGCUUUCAAUAUAUGAUAUAUAUAUAUUUCAGCAUAUUCCUUUAAGAUGAUGUAAUUAUUUAUUACCUAUUAUGGUUUAUCCCUGCACCAUUGAGGCAACAUCAGCUGAGACGUUGUUUUUUUACGCUGCACCACCUUGCUUGGAGGGGACCGGGAGAAUCGUUUCAGCUCCUCCGACAGCUCCAGCUAUGCAGCCUUCAGCGCGCCCACAACCAUGACACAAUUUGUUCCUACGACCGCUAACAGCACAAUCUGAGCACUGGGGGACACACUUACAGGACUCAUCGGGGUGGAGUGGAUGCAACCUCUGUGAAGUUACUCUUCAGACAGCCUUUUUAAUCAGCAAGACCAAGUCCUCGUGUUCAAAGGAAGUUAGAGAUAAAACGCCGGUGAUAACGAUAUCUUUCCCUUUGGACUUUAGAAGUUGUUGUGAUGAGUUUUUAUAUUGAAUAUGUUGUAGAUAUAUUUGUGCAUUUAUGUAGAGUAUUGGAAUAUCUAUAAGCUAUUCAUGUUGCUCUAGCAAACAGAAGCAAGGCAGCUCAUGUUCCGUUUGACAGCGUUUCUAUGUGAUUUGGCCGCGAGGGUUCUCAUGAACCUCAGUCAUUUCCCUCGGCAAUGUUCUUCUCCCAUGGGCAAUGGAGGCAGAGCAACUGAUGCACGCUGUUGUGGUACACACCUUUGAUGCGUCUGUAUAUAUUUUUGUAGUCUCAAAGCACCGUUUUUUUCGUUAUCUUUUGAGGUGGGUUUCGUGGACAUCCACCACUAUGCUAUUUUUCUAAGACUGCAGCGACUGGUAGGUGAAUGACUGACUUUCUAAGAUCUAAUUCUCAUAAUUUAUGUUCAGUGUGUUUAAUUGUAAAUUUUAAACACAAAUAUACCUUGUUUUAGUCCAAGUAAAAUAGCAACGUUUGGACAUCAAUCUACCGUUUCCAUCUAAAAUUCGGUGGAGUUUUUAGUCAAUCAUGACGGAAACAAUGGCAUUGAGUGGAAACUGUAGGACUAACCCUACAUCCAAAGACCAAGGAUCUGUUCAGAAUAGUUUCCCAGAUGUUGUAGAAUUAAAUGUCGGGGGACAGGUGUAUUACACACGUCAUGCAACGUUAGUAAGCACCCCGAAUUCCUUGCUGGGAAAAAUAUUCUCACCCAAGAAAGAUGCCACUAACGACUUGGCGCGAGACCCUAAGGGACGCUAUUUUAUCGACAGAGAUGGAUUUUUAUUUCGAUAUGUGCUGGACUUCCUCAGAGACAAACAAGUUGUACUGCCCGACCAUUUUCCAGAGAAGGGGAGGCUUAGGAAAGAGGCGGAGUACUUCCAGUUGCCAGACAUGGUCAAACUAUUGACCCCCGAAGAUUUAAAACACAGUCCAGACGAAUACUUCCACAGUGAUUUUGAAGAUGGUUCUCAUGGCAGCGACCACAAGAUGUGUCCGCCGUCAUCACUGGUCCCGGCGGACAGAAAAAGUGGGUUCAUUACAGUUGGUUACAGGGGCUCUUGCACAGUGGGCAGAGAGAGUCAAACUGACGCCAAAUUCAGAAGGGUCCCGCGGAUUUUGAUUUGUGGGAGAGUUGCGUUAGCCAAGGAAGUUUUUGGGGAGACCUUGAAUGAGAGUCGAGACCCAGACAGGACACCGGAUCGAUAUACUUCCAGGUUUUACCUGAAGUUCAAACACCUUGAGAGAUCAUUUGACAUCCUGUCAGAGUGUGGUUUCCAGAUGGUUGCCUGUAACUCUUCAGUCACAGCGUCCUCCGUGAAUCGACACACAGAGGACAAGAUCUGGUCAAGUUACACUGAAUACAUCUUCUAUCGUGGCACCUCUCGGUGGUCUUCCCCGCCCUGCGACUGCUGCUGCAAGACCCACAAGGGAGAGGGCGAGAGCGGCACCUCCUUCAACGAGCUCUCCACCUCAAGCUCCGAGAGCCAGUCAGAGGCCAGCUCACCCCACGGCACCGUUAUCUGUGGGCCGGUCAGCCAGCAGUCCCACGUCCAUGUCCAGACCCUGGACCGGCCGCAGAAGAAGGGCCCGGUGCAGAUGCUGCAGCAGUCGGAGCAGCGCAGGAAGAGUGAUCUCCUCCGAACACUCACUGCCAGCUCCCGAGAUACCAGCACCUGCAAGAAGAGGCCGGCCAAGGAGAAGAUGACCAUUGAGGAGGAGCUGGAGAAGUGCAUCCAGGACUUCCGCAAGAUCAAGAUCCCCGAGCGCUUCCCGGAGAGGAAGUACAUGUGGCAGGCAGAUCUACUGAGGAAGUACCGUGUCUGAGAGGGAUCCAGUUAAAACACUUAGGCAUCACAGAGACAGCAAAAAAACACAAGCAUAAAACCAUGACUGUUUAGCUAACUGUAUGUACGUAUUGGCACCCUUGCAAUUUACUUGAUUUACUUAAUUCCCUAUUUCUUCUCAAAUAAACGUUUGGUUUCUCCACACCUUGUUAUUGGGUUUUCAACAUUGCAGAACUUAAGUUACUUAACUUACAAUUUAAAUGUACAUUUAUUGGCACCCUUGAGCUACUACUUCGUUGCACACUCUUUGGCCAAGAUAGCUGCCAACAAAUGCUUCUUGUAGCCAUAAAUGGGCUUGCUGCGACUUUCUACUUGCAACGUUUUUUGACACUGGGUUGAACGUUGUGCUCCAAAACACCUUGAUAAUCUGCUGAUUUCAUAAUGUCUUGCACACAUUCACGGUCCCCAGAGGCAGCAAAGUAACCCGCAGCAUUAUCGAACCUGCCCCAUGUUUGAUUGUAAGGUGGGUGUUAUUUUCCUUAUAUGCUUCAUUUAGUCAUUGGUAAACGUAGGAAGACCCCACUGCUGAAGGAGACACAAAAAAAGCCUGUUGAACUUUUAAAAAUAACUACCUAAACAAGCCUAAAUCCUGGGGGAAAUGUUCUGUGGACCAAUGAAACAAAAUGUGAGCUCUUUAGCAAAACAGAUGAGCACUGUAUUUACUGAUGACAAAAUUAAGAAUUCAAUGAAAGACCCUCCCCUACAAUCAAAUAUGGGGGAAGUUUGAUAAUGCUGUGGGGUUCCUUUGCUGCCUCUAAUACUGGAGUCCUUGUUAUGCGCAAGGCAUCAAUAAAUCUUCAGAUGAUCAGGUGAUUUGGAGUCCAAACUGGGUCCCCAUUGAAGGUUGUGGAUCUUCCAGCAGGACAACGACCCCAAACACACAUCAAAAAUCACCCAGGAAUGGUUCAAGAAGAGAUGCUGGACUGUUCUGGAGUAGCCAGCGAAGAGUCCAAAUCUAAGUCACAUUGAAAACCUAUGGUGAGAUAUGAAAACAGCAAUUGGUGGAGGCCACCCCUCAAAAAUGUAAGAUCUACAGCAGUUUGCUUCUGAAAAGUGGGCAAAAUUGCCAGGAGAGAGUUGCAGCAAGCUCAAUGACGGCUACAAAAAGUGUUUGUCUACAGCUUUCUUGAUCAAAGGCUUUGCAACCAAGUACUAGCUCCAGGAUGCCAAUCAUUUUGUCCAUGCCAUUUGUCUAUAUUUUCUCAUUUAAAAUUGUAAACUUAAGUUUACAAAAAUAAAAUUGGUUCUGUGGUGUUGAAAAUCCAACAACUUAUUUUAGAAUUAUUUAAGAAAGGUCCACGGGUGCCAAUAUAUUUGGCCGCAACUGUAUGUGCGUAUGUAUGUAUGUAUGUAUGUAUGUAUGUAUGUAUGUAUUGAUGCUCAUCGCCACUGCCUCAGUGUCUACUGUAUGUCUUAUGCUUUAGGUUCUGGAUGACUGUUCUCAAUGGAAUAAUGGCAAUGGACAAAAGACAUCUCUUUCUUCACCAACUGCUUCCUGUACGCUCAAAGGGUGUAUCUGACUGCACAGUUUUAUCCACAAUCUUUUGAAAGCACUAAAGAGCACAAUUGCUGUUUGAGAGAUUGUUCUACACACACUGCUGAUUUUUGCAUGCAGAUGGCACAGAAAUCGAAGAUACCUGUGUAUCAGAAUGAUAAAUGAUUCAUGCUGUCCCGAUAAUGCACUUUCUAAAAAUACCUGCUGCCAGAGCGGACGGGAUGAAUAGCUUCUUUGAUUUCAACACUUUCAGGAACGCAGGCAACUCCAGAGGAAGUAUGGGCUUUUUUUUCAGUUGGGGAAUUUGAAAAACACCGAAAGAUACUGUAUAUCAAAACAGCUUUCAGAUGGAAAUGGGAAGGGAUACAGAUGAAGGUGUUCCUUAAGGGGUGAUGAAGGAUGGGUUUGUUUUAAUGAGAUUGAAGUCAAACACAAAGAAACACCAAUGACAAAAGAGGAACGUAGUCCUGUGCAAGUGCUUUUCCCAAAGGGUUAACUACAGUUACAGCCGGUGUUCACACACACACAUACAAACACACACACAUAGAUAGAUCAGGGGCUUAUUUCAACAAUGAAUGUGUGACAUGAGUGCACAGGAGAACAGACAGGAUAGCAUUGCUCAACAUUCCAUGACAGAUUGAUGUUUUCUAUCGUAUUUGUUUCCAUUGUGGUCAAUAGAUAUUGAUGAUUAGGUGCUGGGGUACAUGGACAAGACAAAUAGACAUGGUUGGUGACAUCCCUGCAGAUAUUGAUGAGACUUGUAGGUUAUUGAUGAAUACACGCUGCUCUUGGUUUCACUGAAUACCACAUCUAAAUAUUGUUUGUUUUCUGUAUCCUUACAUGCCUUGGUGAGGAUCAAAGUACAUGGGGGGCGGGGGAGUGUUGUUGUCAAGUUCAUUAUGUAACAAAGCAGUAAGCACAGACAUGCACUAAUAAUUUCCAGAAUAAUGUAAUUAUUUUGGGAAUGUUACAUUUAAGAUUAUGACUGAUGACACAGGAUGACAGUGAGUCCAAGUCCUCCUGUUACAUAACUAACACACUUUGCAAAUUACGUUAGCACUGAAUGAGUCAGUCAGUUGCUAUCAACACCCAGCUUACAGCUUCAUUAAAGUAAACCAAAGUUUUGGAAAUACAUCAUGCCAUCUAACCAUAUCAAAGAAUGUUAGGUAUAUGCAGUUAUCUUAGCUAGCAAGAUAUCCAGCCAGCUAAUAACGUUAGCUAUUAGCCUAGCCAGCCUACCUAACCAGCACAGGUAUGGUCAGUAAGCUAGAGCUCAACUACCGGAGACCAGUUAAAACGCAACUAACACAACGCAACUAAAACCGCAGAUCAAAAGAGCAGAGACUUACUGAUUGAUGGCUAGGGCCCAUCCGAUGAUAAGAGUCAGGAAAAAUCCAAUAACUAUAGCUAGGAAAAUAAAAAAAAUAGAUUGAUUCCAGAUGUCAGUCAGUUACGCACGUUAGCACUAGGCCAAGGUGAAAAAAGUUACAAAACUCCCGUUGCCUACUUCACAGAGAACAUGCCGAAAAAGAAAGGAAAAUAGAUGAUGUACUAUAGUUACACAAUUAGAGCAAGCAGGUAUAAUUUUCAAUUUUUUGUCUGAUAUAUAUUUUGGAAAAAAGGUGGUUAACAAGGAAAUACUUUAUUUCAGUUGUAUGAAAUGACUGUCAAAUAGAUACAUCGGCCUUAGUCUGCUCAUAAAAUAAAACUACAUUUUUCCGAUGAUAAUACCAACCAAAGGCGAACAUUUUGGCUGCAAUCAAGAUACAACAUUUAAAAAAUCAACGCUAGGGAGCGGUAAAUCGCUGGCCAAUGUUGGUUGCAAUUGAGAUCAGCUGUGCGGGUGAUUUUAGCACAUAUUGAUGUUUUAACGAGAGAUCAGCUGGCGAUAAUCUGGCAGUUUUUGAUGGUUGCAAUUGGCCCAUGAUGUGCAUCAGCAAGCUAUACAAGAUGAUGUUGAGCUAAUGAGCACUUGCUGUAUAUCAGAAGUGGUACACUCACUUCAGCACCCUUAGUGAAUGACAACUCUAUUAGAUAUUCUUCCACUCUAGCCCUGGCUUCAAAGGUCAAAGCUCCGCUCUUGUUUCUUAAACCUGAAUAAAAUAUAGAUAUUUAAACAGCAUGUCAACAGUUGAGCAUACAUUAAUGUCCACUAGUUAUAAUGUCCACACUUUAUACUUGACUUUGUCUGUUUGUAUAAAGCACUAUGAUGUGAAAGGAAUUGGAUCUAUCAAAUCAAAUGUUAUUGGUCACAUAGACAUAUUUAGCAGAUGUUAUUGUGGGUGUAGCGAAAUGCUUGUUUUCCUAGCUCCAAAAGUGCAGUAGGUUCUCACAAUUCCCAACAGUACACACAAAUCUAAAAGUAAAAGAAUGGAAUUAAGAAAUAUAUAAAUAUUAGGAUGUUUUGGAUAUCCUGAAAAAUUUUCAAUACAUCUGCUCAUAGAACAUUCAAUGACAUAGGUCUUGGAUACAAUCACAUUUUCAAAGCACCAUUGUAAAGAAAAUAAUACCCAUGUAUACGACUAUUUAUUAAGAUCGUUUUAGUUGUCCCUGCACUGCCCAUUGUAUGUAUGUUACAGAAUCACUAUGUAGGGAUCGAUAAAUUAUAAUGACAAACUCAGCACAAAUCUAAAAUAUAGUUGUUGAUUUCCUAUACAAGAGAUUAUUGUUUUCUUAAAUAAUGCCCAUGUACAAGCCAUGCAUUUGGACUACUAUUCAGUUAUUCAGUGGUACUGUUUAGUGCGAUAUACAAACAGAGGCUUGGCAGUUAAAACACUCACAAAAUGGUUGCCCCCAUUUAUUUAUUCAGUCAUUCAUAUAGGAUUUUUUUUUACCUACAUACUGUAUUUCAUAAUAUUUAUUUUUCAUUCCAAAGUAUUUUAUCUUGUCAAUUACAUCUGUAUAAAAGGAUAGCUACAUAUAACUUAUCACACAAAGAUAUUAAAUUCUAAGUAACCCAAAAAUGUAUUAUAUUUUAUGCAGGUGUGCAUUUAUUGUCAAUAAUCUUGCCCUGGAGGCAGCUCUGCAGAGUGGUCACUAGCUGACACAGCCACAAAGUCAUGAAAUCUGAUUUUAAACCUAACCAUAACCCUAAAUUAAACCACACUACUAACUGUACUGCCUAAUCCUAACCUUAAAUUAAGACCAAAAAGCUCAUGUUUGUUUUCAUGAAUUUUUAUGAUAUAGCCAAUUUUGACUUUGCAGCAGGCCCUUCUUGCGGAAAUCGUUCAGUUCUGCCUACAGGGCAAGAUUCAUGACAAUAAACGUCAACCUGCAUAUUGCAUAUGUAAAUAAUGACAUCCAUCAACAAGGUGUAAAUACAUUCUCAUCCCUGUGAGAACUGAUUGAUAGUCUAAGCAGUACAGUAGACUGAUGUUAAUGUUGUUAUUUUCAUUAUACCUAUAGAAUCAUAGUGGGAGGUGUCUCAAAUUGGCCUGUGCAUAGCUAAAUAUAACCGAUGAUGCAGUGAACAAAAAAACCUCACAGUAAAGCAGUGAACAAAGCCAGCAUGUAUGAAACAUGAACACACACGAUUGGCUCACAUCAGUAGCCCUGUUCAAGGAAAGCCUGCAGGGUGGUUUUGUAUUACAUCUACAACAGCUGAGCCCAUAAAGAGGAUUACUCAGCAUGUUAAACACUGAACAAAGAUGGUUGUACGAUGGAGAUGCAAUAGCAAAUACUGCCCAUUUUUCAGAUGUGUAAAUAUGGGAUAAUUUCCAUUGUGUGUUCAUAAUACUGAAUACUGUACAUAUUGGUUACAACUGGAGUCACUGAACUGAUAGUGUGGAUCUGAGUGCAGUUUUUGUUCAAAUUUUUUUUUUUAACACCAUUAUCCUUUGAGUUGAUCUCAUAUUGUUUCCUAUCACCUUACUAACACCCAGUACAAAAAAAGUCAGUCUUAGUAAAUACUCUAGUUUACAAGUUCUGAAAAAGAGCAUAGUAGAAUAAAAGACACACGGUGGCCUUCAAAUGUAGAUUGGAGCUUUUUUGCACAAUGUUGGGUGAAUUAUAUUGUACAUAACAAGAAAAUAUUUGUAAAAGAUAAAGCUGUACAUAUUCACUAAACGCACAGACACUAUAUAGCCACAUAGAUAAAUCAUAGAUCAUACAUCAAAGAUCAUUUUAUUUGAAUAUAGUUGAAUAAUUCAUUAAUGAUCAGAUACAGACCCUUGUCAGUCCCCCCCCUCCCCAAAAAAUCUAAAUUAUAUUCAGAACUUGACAACUGUAUAACUUCUAUGCUACAGUCUGAUGAAUCAAUGUUGAUAUGAAUGCAAAUGAGUAUGGAUCUGUUUUACAUAAAAAAUAAUAUGUAUUCCGAGAAAGAGGAGAUUAAAGUGUGUGAUUUACUAUUUCAGUUAGAGCAUUCUGUCUGACUCCUUUGUUUGCUAGAUAGUUAUACCCAGUUACAGAGCGCUUGUAAGUGAAUGCAAGUCCUGUAAUUUUUUUCUUAUUACAAGCCCUUUUGAAUGUGUGAUCCAUGAAGAAAACCACAAUAGAAGGGAGCAGCCAUGAUACACCAGUACAUACAGUUGAAGUCUGAAGUUUACAUACAUUUAGGUUGGAGUCAUUAAAACUCAUUUUUCAACCACUCCACAAAUUUCUUGUUAACAAACUAUAGUUUUGGCAAGUUGGUUUGGACAUCUACUUUGUGCAUGACACAAGUCAUUUUUCCAACAAUUGUUAACAGACAGAUUAAUUCACUUAUAAUUCACUGUAUCACAAUUCCAGUGGGUCAGAAGUUUACUUACACUAAGUUGACUGUGCUUUUAAACAGCUUGGAAAAUUCCAGAAAAUUAGUCAUGGCUUUAGAAGCUUCUGAUAGGCUAAUUGACAUCAUUUGAGUCAUUUGGAGGUGUACCUGUGGGUGUAUUUCAAGGCCUACCUUCAAAUUCAGUGCCUCUUUGCUUGACAUCAUUGGAAAAUGAAAAUAAAUCAGCCAAGACCUCAAAAAAACAAUUGUAAACCUCCACAUCCUUGGGAUGAAACGCCUGAAGGCACCACAUUCAUCUGUACAAACAAUAGUACGCAAGUAUGAACACCACGGGACCACGCAGCCGUCAUACCGCUCAGGAAGGAGACACAUACUGUCUCCUAGAGAUGAACGUACUAUGGUGCGAAAAGUGCAAAUCAAUCCCAGGACAACAGCAAAGGACCUUGUGAAGAUGCUGGAGGAAACAGGUACAAAAGUAUCUAUAUCCACAGUAAAACAAGUCCUGUAUCGACAUAACCUGAAUGGCCGCUCAGCAAGGAAGCCACUUCUCCAAAACCGUAAUAAAAGUCUAUGCUUUGCAACUGCACAUGGGGACAAAGAUCGUACUUUUUGGAGAAAUGUCUGAUGAAACAAAAAGAGAACUGCUUGUCCAUAAUGACCAUCGUUAUGAUUGGAGGAAAAAGGGGGAUGCUUGCAAGCCGAAGAACACCAUCCCAACAGUGAAGCAUGGGGCUGGCAGCAUCAUGUUAUGGGGGUGCUUUGCUGCAGGAGGGACUGGUGCACUUCACAAAAUAAAUGGCAUCAUGAGGCAAGAAAAUUGUGUGGAUAUAUUGAAGCAACAUCUCAAAACAUCAGACAGGAAGUUAAAGCUUGGUUGCAAAUGAGUCUUCCAAAUGGACAAUGAUCCCAAGCAUACUUCCACAGUUGUGGCAAAAUGGCUUAAGGACAACAAAGUCAAGGUAUUGGAGUGGCCAUCACAAAGCCCUGACCUCAAUCCUAUAGAAAAUGUGUGGGCUGGAACUAAAAAAGCGUAUGCGAGCAAGGAGGCCUCCAACCCUGACUCAGUUACACAAGCUCUGUCAGGAGGAAGUGGCCAAAAAUCAAGCAACUUAUUGUGGAAGCCUACCCAAAACGUUUGACCCAAAUUAAACAAUUUAAAGGCAAUGCUACCAAAUACUAAUAGAGUGUAUUUUAACUUCUGAUCCACUGGGAAUGCGAUUAAAGAAAUAAAAGCUGAAAUAAAUCAUUCUCUGCUACUUUCUGACAUUUCACAUUCAUAAAAUAAAGUGGUGAUCCUAACUGACCUAAAACAGGGAUUUUUUCUAUUAGGAUUAAAUAUCAGGAAUUGUGAAAACUGAGUUUAAAUGUAUUUGGCUAAGGUGUAUGUAAACUUCUGACUUCAACUGUAUAAACAAAGAUUGUUGUUUUGAUUAAAAAAGGUCCAGAACGUGUGCAUGUUACUAUAUGAAUUAUUGCAGAUAAUUUAAUCUGUUAUUGUGAAAAUGUCAAAACUGAAAUAAUUACCCCAAAAAGAUUUGCAAAAAAGAUAAGCACAAAAGCGUGGAUUGUGUUUGCUGAUAUUUCUCCACAAGUGUAUGAUUUUAUGAAUAAACGUCUUUGGAUACAAGAAAAGGAAUUUUGGAAAUGUACAAUUACAUCGAAUAAAAAAAUGCAUUCUGUACAAUGA